AUGGCACCGAAAACCAGUGGAAAGGCCGUCAAGAAGUCCGGAAAGGCGCAGAAAGUCAUCGUCAAGGGAGAGAAGAAGAAGAGGAGACAGCGCAGGAAAGAAAGCUAUGCCAUCUACAUCUACAAAGUGUUGAAGCAGGUCCACCCAGACACCGGAGUCUCGUCGAAGGCCAUGAGCAUCAUGAACAGCUUCGUCAAUGACAUCUUCGAACGUAUUGCUGCUGAGUCGUCCCGUCUGGCUCAAUACAACAAACGCUCGACGAUCACCUCCCGCGAAAUGAAUCUCAUCUCUUUUGAUGAAUUAAUUCUUGAAACCUCCCGCGAAAUCCAAACUGCUGUUCGUCUGCUGCUGCCGGGUGAGUUGGCCAAGCACGCUGUCUCUGAGGGAACCAAGGCCGUCACCAAGUACACUAGCUUCAAGUAA